AUGAACUGCAGGAUCGUUGAGGGAAUGAUUUGUACUGCGAUUGAUUCAGAAGUGAACUGUCCGUGUGAUGAAUGCAAAAAGAGACAUUUUUCUAAUGGGAUUUCUUUCUUCUUCCUGAAAGAUAAAUUUUGGGUUGAAACUGUUUCUGAAGAAGAGUUGUUCCUAAGAUUAAAGACUCUUAAUCCACAGUUUGAAUUUCAGCGUGAUACCCUCCGCCACACUAUUCGUGAUUGUUUUGAUUUUGGAAAAGUGGUGACCGAUAUCCAGGUUUGCACAGACAUAUGUAGUGUUUCUUUUCAGUACACCUUUGGAGAAUCUGUAAUAAAUUGGACUUGUGAUGCUGUUGUUCCUGUCUCUUCUGUGUUGCAUUAUCAUGUUGUUUUGCCACUUUCAUUUGCACUAGAAUCACUUUGUAAAAAGCAAGAUUUACUCCAUAAUAAGUUAUUGGCUCUAAAUCACCAUGCAAAUCGGCUUCAUGAAAAACUAAUGCUUCCAAUUGGUGAGGAUAUGAAAAAAGAAGACAUGGAUCUGGAUUUUAGUUAUUCAUAUAACUUUUCAACAGGCUUACUUUCUUCGUCCUCUACUCAACAUCUUUUUUGUGAGGCAUCUAAACAUUUAUUCACUUCUAAAAUUCAAAAUAUGUGUGUUUCUCCAAUACAACAGAAACAGCCUACACGUGAGAUAAUAUCAAGUAAUUCAAACACCAAAGAUGUUCAGGAAACAGAAGAGAAACGAAGAAAUGAAUUACAGAAAAAGUUGGCGGAUAAACUGGGGAAGUCUAAAAGUAAAGAAUUGAAAAGACAUGGGAUAUUUCGGAAGUGAUAAGAAAAUUUGAGUCUUAUUAAUCAUAGAAACUUCAACUUGCCUUUUUUUUUCCUGAUUACUUAUUAAUCGCAGAAGUUGAGAUAUCGGGAAUUCUUUGUUGGGUAGUUACCUAUCGGGAUUCAGUAAGUUACAGAAGUAGUUUGCGUGUUAGCAACAUUUUGUACUCAUACACAAUUUGCUUCCAUA